AUGCAUAUAAUCAAGCCUGUAUGGCUGACACAUGGAGGCGAACGGAAGGAUUUCGAAGUGUACAGUUGCGACGUCUCGCCGGAUGGGAAGCGGUUGGUAACGGCUGCAGGAGAUGGAUAUGUACGAAUAUGGUCGACCGAAGCCAUCUAUAACGCAGCUGACCCUGCUUAUGCCGACAAACCGAAACAGCUCGCUUCUAUGAGCAAUCAUUCCGGAACCAUACACACCGUUCGAUUCUCACCUAAUGGCAAAUAUCUCGCAUCUGGCGCAGAUGACAAGAUCGUCUGUGUCUAUUCAUUAGACGCAAAUCCGCCAUCUCACACUACUACAUUCGGCUCUGAUGAGGCGCCACCAGUUGAGAACUGGCGAACAAUUCGGAGAUUGAUCGGGCAUGACAAUGAUGUGCAGGACUUGGGCUGGUCGUACGAUUCUUCUAUCUUGGUCUCCGUAGGAUUAGACUCCAAAGUUGUCGUCUGGUCGGGCCAUACGUUUGAGAAAUUGAAGACACUUUCCGUCCAUCAAAGUCAUGUCAAGGGUAUUACAUUCGAUCCUGCAAACAAAUACUUUGCUACGGCCAGUGAUGACCGGACGGUGAAGAUCUUUCGGUUCAGCUCUCCAGCACCAAACUCCACCGCGCAUGACCAACUAAAUAACUUCGUCUUGGAAACCAACAUCGUCACACCAUUCCAAAGCUCGCCUUUGACGGCAUAUUUCCGGCGCUGUUCGUGGUCUCCCGAUGGCCUGCAUAUUGCAGCUGCCAAUGCGGUGAAUGGGCCCGUGAGUUCGGUGGCUAUCAUAAACCGUGGAUCGUGGGAUAGCGACAUCAACCUUAUCGGACACGAGGCACCUGUGGAAGUGUGCGCGUUUUCUCCACGAUUGUAUUCUGCACAUCCCGUCAAAUCCGGAAGCGAGCAUCAUAAUUUGGUGACGGUGAUUGCAUGCGCGGGCGGAGACAAAUCUCUCAGUGUCUGGAUUACGAGCAAUCCACGGCCGAUUGUGGUUGCUCAAGAUAUAUCUGCAAAAUCAUUGUCCGAUCUAGCGUGGAGUCCAGAUGGUACAUGUUUGUUCGCCACCGCUUUGGAUGGAACUAUUCUAGCUGUUCGAUUCGAGCAAGCAGAGCUUGGAUAUCCCAUGUCGCUAGAGGAGAAUGAGAGGUCUUUGACGAAAUUUGGUACGAAUCGAAGAGGCGCCGGUAUUGCAGAAACCACCGAUGGUCUACUACUUGAAGAAAAGAGCAAGGCGGGAGAAAUCAAAGGCGUUGAAGGCCGAAUGGGCGCUUUGAUGGGUGAUGGGCAUACAGAGGCUACGGUUAAUGGAACCACGACAAUUACAUCCACCCCAACGGUAGUCACAAACGGAACCUCUGAGAAACAAAAGACCCAACCGAAUGGAACAGGGCAAACGACCCCGUCCGAGCAGGGGAAAGAGCCGGAAAAAGAAAAGCAAAAAGAAAAGCCUGAUCCGUACCAGGCGAAAUUAGAAAGAUUAAAACAGCGUCCAACAUACACCAAAGAUGGCAAGAAGAGAAUAGCUCCUUUACUGGUGUCGGGUGCUGGCGCAUCUGAAUCAUCGUUACCGCAGCCCCGGCUCGUGGCAUCUUCGACUCUAAGUCAGGUCGGAGCUGAUGCGCCACAGUCGGUACUUGACCUUUCAAAACCAUUUGAUGGACUACCUAAAGGCGGUCUAUCGGCAUUGCUCUUUGGGAACAAGCGCAAACUGGCACACAUUGAAGGCGAUGAGGAUAAUCAGGUGGAGAAACGUAUUGCAUCUAUCAGCCAGAAUGGGUCGACACCGAUAUUAUCAAAUACAACUACAGGACUUAUGCCAGCAUCUACUCAAGCAGCGGUUACGGGCCAGCAAACUACGCCAGAGUUUAUUCGACCCGCCGUUGUCAAUCCUUGCAUGGCUAUCAGCCAACUUAGAUUGGCGGUACCAAAGAUCCGCUCACAAAUAUUACAGGCUCUCGAUAAGAAUGGAAACCCAAUAGAACCUUCUGGAGAUUCGAAACAGUCACGAAUAGAUCUUGUGUUUGAAGCUCGUAAUCCGCCUCCUGGAACGUUGACCGGUCGUUCGACGGAUCGAGAACCGGUACGAAUCAGCCUUAGUCGUGGUGACCAACCUCUAUGGCAAGAUUUCCUUCCCAAGUCCGUACUAUUGGCGACUGGUAAUACUGGUUUUUGGUCCGUUGCCUGUGAGGACGGGUCUAUAUACAUUUGGACACCCGCAGGACGCCGACUUAUCAGCGCGCUCGUCCUAGAAGCCCAAGCAGUCAUUCUUGAAAGUAAAGGGCCGUGGCUCUUGUGUAUUACUGCAGUUGGAAUGUGUUAUGUCUGGAACGUCAAGACCGUUUCAUCACCUCACCCUCCUGUGUCCCUCCAGCCGGUCUUGGAUGCUGCUACGCAUGUUCAGACUGGUCAGGCCAUCCUUGCCCCUGCUAUCACCGGGGCACGAAUCAAUUCCGAAGGUCGUAUUGUGGUUGGACUGACCAAUGGUGAGGGAUACAUCUACUCAUCAGCCAUGUACACGUGGCAACGGGUGUCGGAGCCAUGGUGGGCUGUCGGCAGUCAAUACUGGAACACAACAGAUGCCUCUGUAAGCAACCUGCAGGCCAUGGGCAGUCAGAACGGCGAAGAGAGCAAGAAGAAAAAGAUCUCGGCGGGCAUUAUUCCUUUCCUGGAACGAAACACAACGACUGAAACUCUGCUCCGUGGACGGGCCUAUUUCCUCCAACGCCUGAUCAAGGUCCUGCUAUCUCGAGAAGGAUACGAGAGCUUCGAGUCUAGUGUCUCAAUCGCCCACCUCGAAAACCGAAUGGCAGCCGCUUUGUCUUUAGGCGCCAAAGAGGAAUUCCGUCUUUAUCUGUCCAUGUACGCGAAACGCAUCGGGGCAGAGGGGCUACGCGGCAAAGUAGAAGAACUCCUGAAAGCUCUUGUGGGCGGUAUUUUCGACUACGAUGAUGACGAAAGUGGUAGUACCUCUGUUGAAGCGGCGGCACAGCGAGCUUUAUCAGAGGCCGAAAAAGAAGGGCGAAAUUGGUCUGAGAGCUCGGAUAGGCUUUGUGGUUGGCCGCGGGAUGUGCUACUUAAAGAAGUCAUUAUUGCUCUUGGUAAGCAUCGAGACCUGCAACGGGUCACCGUCCCCUACGCAAAAUUACUAGGCGUCGUGGAUGGAGAGGAAGCCGAUUCUGAAGCCAUGGAGACGAACUGA